GUUUUUGACAAUUCACCAGUCAACAGAAUUGUGAUUCGUUCUUUUUUGCAUUGUGUGGAUAAAAGUGGACUAUGUUGUUGAAAACUCUUGUUUUCAGUCGUAUAAAUUGAACAUAGAAUCACAAUUUCCAUCAAUUUAUACUUUUUCACGCCAAUUUUAUUGAUAGCACCUCAGUAAAAUCUGCCGGAAAGGUUGUCAGUUCAGUGUAAUAACAGCCGGGGCGUUAUUUACAUUUCUUUUAAGAUCAUUGUAUUUUUUUUUGUAAGGUAUUAAUUUAAAUAUGAGUUCUCUCGAAGAGCAAACUGAAAUCAUACAAUACGUUCCAUUCAUGUCUUUUGUUCACCCGUCGUUUUGGCAUACUCUGACCGAACAAAAGCUUGAUAUUGACAAGUUAAAUGAAAAUUCCAAACAGAUUUUUGGGCGUUUUACAUACCGUAGUGAUCUAGGGUCGAUAUUUGAAGUGGACGGAACUUCGUUCAACAGUACUCCAGAAAAUGAACAGUUUUAUUUAAAUGUGAAGGGUAAACUGCUGAAUAAAAAUACUAUUGAGGACUUCAAAAACAUUGAUAAAGCCUCUUUGCUCAAUACUGUUGGUGAAGCUUUAUGGAAAGAGAUAAAAAACAGAAAAUGGAUCGAGGAUCCUUCAACUUUGUUAAAUUUCAUUGUUCUUUCUUUUGCUGAUCUUAAGAAAUUUCACUAUUUUUAUUGGUUUGCAUUCCCAGCGCCAAGUCAACCCACAAUAUAUUUAGGUGAGAAAAGUACCAGUAUAUCCAAUCAUUUUAAGAAAGAACAACUGGAGAGUCUAGCACAAGCAUUUAAAUCACUUGAUUUAGAGCAGAAGUGCUUUUUUGUAGUCACAAAAAGUGAUUCUGUUGUCAUUGUUGAAACACUCGCAGAGGUAUUACUUAAAAAAGGAUUUUCCAAAGACAUAUUAGAAUUAGAUUUUACUAAUACAUACUUUGGAUUUGCUGACUCAAGUAACAGCAACAACCCGGGCUGGUCACUUCGUUUGUUUCUGGCAGCUAUCUUUGAUCUUUAUCAAAAUUUACAUAAGAAUGAUUUGAAAAUAAUUGGAUUGAGAUGCAACUCUAAUGGUGGUGUUGAAAAUAGUCUUAUAUUCACAAUAAAAGCUUCUCAGAAUAUACAAGCAGUAGAAAGUGCAGGAUGGGUUGGUUGGGAAAGAAAUGACAAGGGCAAUUUUGGUCCAAAGCUUGCCAACAUGUCAGCCUCUAUGGAUCCUGUAAAAUUAGCAGACACAGCUUCAGACCUUAACAUCAAGUUGAUGAAAUGGCGUUUAGUCCCUGACCUAAAUGUGGACAUCAUGAAGACAACCAAAUGUCUUUUACUUGGAGCUGGGACACUUGGGUGUCAUGUUGCACGCAAUUUAUUGGCAUGGGGAUUCCGUCACGUCACUUUCAUAGAUAAUGGUAAAGUGUCUUACUCAAAUCCGACACGGCAAGUUUUGUUCAACUACCAAGAUUCUCUAGGCGGGGGAAGAAUGAAAGCGGAAGCUGCUGCUGACAAUUUGAAAUUGAUUUUACCAUCUAUACACACCCAAGGCAUUGUUGCUCAUAUCCCAAUGCCUGGCCACCCAAUAGGAGAGUCCUUGAAAAAUGAAACCAUAAAUAAUGUAAAUCUACUCACGGAAGCCAUCAAAGAGCACGACGUGAUAUUCCUUCUGCUGGACACUAGAGAAGCGAGGUGGUUGCCAACAUUAAUAGCAGCACAUUAUGGAAAGAUAACAAUAAAUGCCGCCCUGGGAUUCGACAGUUAUCUAGUAAUGAGGCAUGGUAUUAGCGAUAGUACAGCGACUGGCGAUGCCUCCCACGAAAAUUCUUUUAUACCAGGUGGGCAGCUGGGAUGCUAUUUUUGCAAUGAUGUCACAGCCCCAGGAAAUUCAGUGAAGGACCGCACGCUAGACCAGCAGUGUACGGUGACUCGGCCCGGCGCCGCAGCAGUGGCGGCCGCUCUCGCUGUCGAACUACUAGCCGCCAUGCUGCAACACCCCGCCGGGGUACAAGCGCCGGCAUUCUACAAUCUCUCUAGUGAAACGGAGAAUGAUAUACCACUGGACAUGCAAGGCGUUCUGGGCCCAAUACCACAUUCCAUCAGGGGAUUCUUGCAUUCCUUCCAAAGUGUACUUCCGACUUGUGCCAAAUUCAAGCAAUGCAUCGCUUGCUCCGAUGUCGUCAUUAAUAAGUAUAAAGAAGAAGGGAUGGAGUUCCUGUUAAGAGUGUUUAACAGUGGUACUUAUUUAGAAGAUGUUACUGGCCUGUCAGAAUUGCAUUUGGCAGCCGAAAUGACUGAUAUGUUAGCACUCUCCGAAGAUGAUGAUGAUGAUGCAUGAACUAAUUAAAUACUCGACAUAGGAAAUAUUCCCUUCAUAGCAGCUAGCAGCUUGGGUCAUUGUAAACGAUGCAAAUGGCUUUAUUUAUUGUGAUAUUUUUUAAAUGUGUUGUGUAUCGAAUUAAUAAGCGAAAUUAAAUUACAUUAUUUACUUAUAUGUAUAUGUCGUGCGAAAUAAACUAUUGUUAAGUAAUCA